ACUGUUCUUUUGGAGCACUCUUGUAGUAACACCAGUCCUGUAGGCGGCGCGACGUUCAUUAUCUGCACAUGAAAUACUCCAGUGAACAUCCGUGAAGAGCGCUGUUGAAUGCGAGUACAUGAUGGCGCAAAACUCAAGUGUAUAUGAGGCAGACAGAAAAUAUUCUGACUCUGAGAAGGACAUGACAGGAUCAGCUUUAGAUGUGGCUCAGACAUCAUCAUCAUCAUCAUCAUCAUUGAAGAGACAGAGGGAUGGCCCUGAUGAGGAGGGGGAUGAAGAUGAAUCUCCCAGAAAGAAGCUGGUCACGGAGGAAAUACACAGUCAAAAAGUGGCCACACAUUACAACAAACUGCAGGAGUGUGGCCUGGCAGAACGCAAUAAAAGCAGGAUAGUCCACAUGCGCAACUUCAACAACUGGUUGAAGAGCGUGCUCAUCGGGGAAAUCCUGGACAAGGUGAGACAGAGGAGGAGAGAGGUGUCCGUGUUAGAUCUGGGCUGUGGGAAAGGAGGAGACCUUCUCAAAUGGAAGAAAGGACGUAUUGACAAACUGGUGUGUGCAGAUAUCGCUGGUGUUUCCAUUGAGCAGUGUCAGCAGCGCUACAAUGACAUAAGACGGAGGGGUCAUCCGAACGACCGCACGUUCUCUGCCGAGUUUAUCACUGCAGACUGCAGCAGGGAGUUGCUAUGUGAGAAGUUGCGAGACCCUGAUCUGCGGUUUGACGUGUGCAGCUGUCAGUUUGUGUAUCAUUAUUCGUUUGAGAGCGAGCAGCAAGCAGACACCAUGCUGAGAAACGCCUGUGAGAGACUCCGACCGGGAGGAUUCUUCAUCGGAACAACUCCAGAUGCAUUUGAGCUGGUGAAACGUUUGGAGGUGUCAGACUCGAACAGUUUUGGGAAUGAAGUGUACAGUGUGUCCUUCCAGAAGAAAGGAGAAUACCCUCUGUUCGGCUGUCAGUACGACUUCAACCUGGAGGGAGUCGUCAAUGUCCCAGAGUUUCUGGUGUAUUUCCCCCUGUUUGAGGAAAUGGCCAAAAAGUACAGCAUGCGUCUGGUGUAUAAGAAAACCUUCCUUGAGUUCUUUGAGGAGAAAGUUAAAGAUGAGAAGCAUAAGAUGCUCAUGCAGUGGAUGCAGGCGCUGGAGCAAUACCCUCCGGAUGAGAGGGGCAGACUGGCAUCCGAUAGUACGGGGGAGUACGACCAUGCCAAGAGAAUAGCUGAGAAUCCUGCUGUUAGACUUCCACUGGGAACCUUGAGCAAGUCUGAGUGGGAGGCUACAAGCAUAUACCUGGUGUUUGUGUUUGAGAAAAUGUUAUGAGUCGGAGGGAUUCACCGUUGUUUCCGCAUGAAUGAUUGCCGCAGAUGUGGAGAGUAGCCCUGUCUCAUUUCCAUUCAUUCAGUUUCUACAACCCUGCUGAGCUUGUCCUUUUCACAAACCGUCAAAUAUUUUAUACAGCCAGAGCAUUUUUUGUGUGUGGGUUGGGGGUGGGGGGAAAUAAAGAAUGAGUGGGCAGCUGAAUGAGGAAAAUGUGUGUACUGCACAUAAUCAGUAUUCUCAUUUAUACUGUAUUUCUGUGGUUACCUGUUAUACACAGCUUACCUGGUACCCUUUCUCUGUGUCAAAGAAUCUAACAGCCCAGGAUGGCUUACAGUCCCUACAGUCCCUUUGGGUUUUACUUUAAUUUGUACUCCACACUUGCCUUCAAGCUUGACUGAACUGUUUAGGAUUCCUCUUGUUCUGAAAAUCACCGACCUAAAGCAAAAAAUAAAAAAGAAGCUCAGUUUGUCAAAAAUACAGUGUCCAGCUGUGAAGGUUUAGAUGUGUGACUGGGGCCAACCACAGUUCAUUAUGACAUAUGGAACCUCAGCUUUAAUCCAUGAAAAAAAAAAAUGGUUUUCUGUUUUUGUAAUUGUUAUUAAAUAAAUCAGUGUAUUUUUCUCCAAAUGUUGUCGCUGAUGGUUACGACAGAUGACAAGUUUUACACUGUCAUUGUGUAGAGAAUUGUUGUUUGGGAAUGUAAACCUACCGUAGGAGUAAUAAAAACCUCAAAUUACA